UCCUUCCUUUUUUUUCCUUCUUCUUCCCUUCCUUUCCCUUCACUUAAUCUUUUCUAAGGUCAUGUUAGGUUACACAGCAUACUUCUCCUUUUUCCUCCCAUUUCCUUCCCUUUCUUUUCUUUCCCUUCCUUUAUGUUUACUAAGCUCAAGUUAUCAUCCUUCUCUUCUCUCUUGCCUUCAUUUCCCUCCACCAUCAAGUCAAGUUAGCUCCCUUCCCCCUAAGCCAUGUCAAGUUAGGAAGGUCAUGCGGCAUUACUAACAAGACCUGGCGGGUGGGUCAUCAAGUACCAGGUCAGAUGAGGUCAGUGUCACGUCCCCCGGCAGGUCACAGCAGGCGAAGUGGCUCAAUUUGUGGGAGGCGGCCAGCAUUAGUGACUCGGCACGUGGUCUCGCCCCAGGAUCGAUGCACAGGGAGCCACAGCGCCGGCGUCAAUGUUCGACAACCAGAUUGCCUGUUUCUCUGCCUGACGUAUGACGCAACACCUGGGCCAUCGUUCCCCGGGGUUGUUACUCUGUCAAUUCACGCGUGGCGGUAGUUAGGCAUCCAAACUGACCAUCGUUACGUGUCAUCAGCACAGGGAGUGGUUUGAGUGCCUAGAAAAAGGGGUUCCUACAGGAGCUGCUGCCGCCCGUAAGCCAAGACACACCGGCCCUGGACGGCUGCAGCGACUCCGGAACCUGGAGAUCAAUAACAAGGGAUCGAGGCCAAAGGGGAUCAGGGCGGCAGUUACAGGGGAAAGCGACAAGGUUUCCGAUAGUGUCUGGAAGAUUCUGAUCGCCUCUGUGAGCGUGGGAGGCCAUAAGUGAACUGGCAGUGGUGUUUGUCGCGGCGUCUAUGCUCCAGUGUUGACAGUCGCGCGGAGACCACCUCGUCUAGGCCGCCUCUGUGUGUUGUGUUGGUCGCUGGAGUGUUGUCGUGUGCAGCCAUGGCGGCGGCUCUGCACACCCCCACCAGACUGCUGCACCUGCUGUCCCUCACGUGUCUCUCGCUCCUUGUGGUGGCAGAGUUCACCCAUGACCGCAAGAGAGUAGGGCCCCUGGACAUGGUGCGGGCGGAACACGGGUGCCUGGAGAAGUUUGACGUGAGUGAAAGCACCAUCAUUAGGACCGAGGACUCACGUAUGCUAGGGGCGCAGUUCCUCAAUGAGUCUGACGUGGGGAACAGAGAAGACUGCCUCGCCCUCUGCUGCGCCACCCGCUUUUGUAACGUGGCCGUGUUCGAGGAGAAGCACUCCGGGUCAUGUUACCUGUUCGACUGCGGCAAACACGAGGACCUCAAGUGCCAGUUCACCAGCCACUCGUACUAUACCUCUGCUGUGCUCCGCGUUAACAGGCACCAGCUGGAGCUUGGCCUGUGGUCCGAGCAGAGCCAGCAUGAGGCGGAGCUGGCUAAUCUCAGCAAGGGUUUGGGGGACGCAGGGGAGACCUUGAAUGGGCCAAGGUCACGGAACCUGCCCCCCACCACGCCGCCCCAGCAGCCGCCCCCCACCGCCACCCCCCACGCCCUCACCAGUCACCAGCCCCACCACCACCACUGCCCCCACCCACCCCCCUCCACCACCACCACCACGACCACAGCCAAGCCCACCCUGCCUCCCCGGAAGUGUACUCGAUUCCAGUUCGAGUGCCACAGCGGAGAAUGCAUUGCCAUCUACAACGCGUGUGACGGCAUCCCGCAGUGCAGUGACAGCAGUGACGAGGACCCCAAGUUGGGCUGCCCCGCUGUUUCCACUGAGGCCGCCUCCGUUAGUCGGCGUCUCGGGGAUGGCAUGGAUGGCAACGGCCCCGCCCAACCUGGACCUUGGGACAACUCCGUGCCGGCCAGAGAAAUUAACCCAGCAGUGUAUGACGGCAGAAUCUUCCGGAACCGGCCUACCAUACUUGAGAACUACGGAUCCUACCAGCAGAACGGAGGUGCCUCCAUUUCCCUUCCUCACUCAUCUCAACCGACCCACCCCUCUCCUCCUCGUGACAGCGGCGGCGGCGGUAACGCGGGCAGUGGCGGCGGCAGCAGGGCCCUGGAGGACGGGGGAACGGGGUACGGGGGCAGGGGACGGGCGAUGCCUUCUUACUACGACACGAAGACCCGCCCCGCGUGGUCUGCCUCCCCCUACAACACAGCUGAGGGCGGCGUGCGGGGGAACGGUGGAGGAGGAGGCGGUGGCGGCGGCGGCAGUGGCGGGGCUGACUACCUGGGGAACCCCGAAGUGCGCCCUCCUUUCCGCUACCCUGACUACGGCCCUGCUCCCCGCUACCCGCCCCAGCCCCGCCUUCCCCAGCAGCCUCCCCAGCUCCAGCAACAGUACCUGACCGCCGCCCAUCAGCCCCAGCAGCAGCCGCCCCCCCAGCUGCCUCAGCCCCAGCAGCAGCACCAGCAGCAGCACCAGCAGCAGGUCCCGCCCCAGCUCAACAGCAAUCCGGUGUGGAUGGACCGCUUAAGUGGAUACGGCACCCAGGGACAGCCGGACCUCCACCAGCAGAUGCAGGAGCUCCACCACCG